GCACUCAUUGGAUCAACUUAAUUACAUAUUAUUAACCUCAUUAAUCAUUUUUCGAGUACUGAUUUCAUUAACCUCGUUAAUUAUUCUGCUUAAUCAUGUCUUCUCAGCCACACGAUCACUCUAAAACUGAUCUGGUCCCUUGGUCAACAGGGAUUUGUGAUUGCUCCUCCGAUUUGCGAACCUGUUGCAUGUCAUGUUUGUGCCCGUGUGUUAUUUUUGGUCGAGUUGCAGAUAUCCUUGACAAGGGAAAAACAUCAACAGCAACAAGUGGGGCUCUAUAUGUAAUACUAGCAUGCAUAGCUGGUCCAUGUCUCGUUUCAGCUCCAUAUCGUUCAAAACUCAGAAGACAAUAUAAUAUCGAAGGAAGCCGCCCUAGGGAUUGUUUAGUCCAUUGUUUUUGCGAUCCAUGCGCCUUGGCUCAAGAAUACCGUGAGCUACAAAAUAAGGGGUUCAAUAUGAAAUUAGGAUGGGAAGGAAAUUUGGAGAAGCAGAAUGGGAAGGCAGCAAUAGCUCCUGAGGUGGAAAUUGGGAUGCAGAGAUAGAGAUUUAAUUUGUUGUUUUUCUGGUUGUAAUAUAUGUAUUUUGAGAUUUGUUGUUGAUAGUUUUGUCAUUUUUUUAUAAGGUGUGAAGAGUGGGAUUUAAUUAUUUGAAUUUGUUUAAGGGGUGUGAUUAUGGAAAUAAUUAUUUUGAGUGAAAUGAAAUUUUGUUUUUUAACAUUUAUAA